AUUCCUGGCCAGGAAAACAUCGAGUUUAGCGAGGUUGUCACCAUCGAUCGCGUCGUGAAGAAUGCUUUAGUGCUCCCUACCAAAACAAGACCGAAGAAGAUUGCCUUUAUUGGUAGUGAAGGAAAAGAACACAUGUUCCUAUUCAAAGGACAGGAGGAUCUCCAUCUCGAUGAACGCAUAAUGCAGUUGCUCCAUAUUUGCAAUCUUAUGCUCUCCGAUAGUGCGUCCAACAGAAGUUGGCCGCCAUAUACUGCUCGCCAUUAUGCGGUUACACCUUUGGGAACUCGAUCAGGAUUGAUUCAAUGGGUUGGUGGUGCAACCCCUAUGUUCCACAUCUAUAGGAAGUGGCAGUUGAGACAAGCACAAAUCAAACACUCAUUAGAACGCAAGAGUGGUGUACCUGCUACCACCGCCGCUUUAGACAUAGACAGACCAACUGAUCUUUUCCAAAAAAAGAUGCGAGGUGUCUUCACAGAGCAUGUUGGUUAUUUCUAUCAUAUGCUUGUAUGA